AUGACGGCGCAGUUGCCGAGGUCACGCGGGCCGCGGCCGGCGUGCGCGGGGCGGGGCCGGGGCGGGGCCAUCCGGGCCGGGCCCCCGCCGGGUCCGCGCACGGCGCUCGGGGGCGCGCACGCCGGCUUCCCGGCUCCGGGACCGCCCGCCCCGCCCCGCCCCGCCCCGCCCGCCCGCGCGCGGCCUCGGGGGUGCGCGGUGCUGCCGCCUGCGGUCGCGGGGAGCCGGCGGGGCACUCGGGACGGCGGCAGCCGGGGGGCCCCGGAGCGCGGGCUCCUCCCCGCACCACACCCGCGGGCUGGGCACCGCGUGAGGCCCCGCAGUCCUUCCCGGGCCCCGGCCUCCCUCUCCACGCCGCUCCUCGCACCUGCUGCACCGCCUGCCCACGCCCCCACCUUGCACCUGCUGCACCGCCCUGGCUCAUUCCCCCCGAGCCUCUUCCUUCCCACUCUUCCUUCAAUCCUGGGGAUCGCCAGGGCUUCACCCUCCGUCCCCCCCCACUUCCACCUCCCCGAGCAGCGCCCGUCUGACCCUCCUUGGGCAGCCCUGGGUCGUCUUGCCCCUGGGGGCCCACUGCCCCUUCCAGGUCCCCGUUCGAGGGAUGCUGCGUGCGCCGCGGGGUCAGCUCACCUCCUAACUCAGGCAAAGACCCCCGUGGAAGCAUGUCCUGCCGGGAGCCACAGCUGCCCCUUAAGCACAGGGACAACCGUGGGACCCCCCAGGACCGACCCCAAGACAGGGAAGGACCUUGACGGCCCCCUGCACAGACCAGCCUACAUGCUGCUCCCCGGAGCCACAUACUCUUGCACCCCUGCUCCCCAGGGUCAGCUGCCCAGCGACCGUCAUUCCAUCUGCAACCUUGCUUCCUCUUUGCCGGGUAGGAGAAACUGGACGCAAUUCCCGGGGUUCGGGCAUGCACGUCUUUGGGGCGCUGAUACUCCCACCACUAUCACUGGCACAGUACUUUUAACUGACGGGUAACAUCCCAGAACACGCAUGUACCAUGACCUGCCACAUGCCAGGCUUGGUGGGGGGUGCACGCUUUUGACUGUCCUGUCGGACAUCGGGGACCCCUGGGUCGUGUGGGAGAGGUGGGGAAUUUUUAAAGACAUCCACUUGGUGUCUGCAAAGUGCUGGCCCUGCUCUGGACUCACACCGGGGUGUGUGGGGUACUCCGCUGCUCCACGCACCCCCACCCCAGCACCUGCGGGGGCCCUGGUUUCAAAGUCAGUGGCUCUAACAGGAGUUCCGUGGCCUGUGGAUUUCUUUUGCGUUUCCCAAACGAUGUGUGAAUUUCAGCAUCUUUUCUGCUGCUCAUUGGCCACUUACAAAUCUGCUUUCAAAAACAAAACAAAACAAAACAAAACAAAAAAACAAAAAAAACAAAAUGGGACUCGAUCCCAGGACCCCGGAGUCACAUCCUGAGCUGAAGGCAGAUACUCAACCACCGAGCCACCCAAGCACCCCUAACACCUUCUGUUUAAAAAGUGAUCCCUUCUCCAGGGGUUUGCUUUGGCAACUUGGAGGAACACCAGUCGACUCACGUGUGUGGGUCCAGUUCUGAUGCUGCCCGGAACCCCGCGGGCUGGCCUUUUACAAGGCUCCAAGUCAGAUCACUGAGUCCCCAGUGUCCUUCUUCAGAGUGAUUUUAGCUACCUUACAUCCUUGCGUUUUUAUAUAAAGUCUGGAAUCAGCUUGUUACCUUCUACAAAACCCCCCAAAUUCUGCUGGGGUUUUGAUUCAGAUUGUGUUAACUCUACCUCAGUUUGGGAGGAGCUGGCACCUCGGUCCCAGGGGCGCCUUUCUGUCCCUGGACUCUGUUUGUGCCCGUUUGGUAGGGCUUCUCCAUUCUUAUAGUCUUUUACGGUUUUCAGAGUACAAGUCCCAGACUUCUGUCAAACUUACCUACAAAUGUUUUCUACUUCCUAUUCUUUUGUAAAAGGCAUCUGAGAACCUCGGUUUCAAAAUGUUCAUUUCUAGUAUGAGAAAUACGGCUGAGGUUUGUGUGCUGACCAUCUAACCUACAACCCCACUGAACUCACCGGUGGGUUCCAGUGACUCACACAUUUUGUAGGGUCUCUACACAGAUGAUCAUGUGUUCCUCAGAUAAGGAGGACACGAUUUCUUUCUUCUCUGCCCCGGAUGCCCUGUCUUCCUUUCCCUGGUUACACCAGGAAGCCUCGAGGACCUCGUGGGACGGCAGGGGUGAGAGCUGGCACCCGCCCUGUCUCCUGGCCGCUGGAGAGAGCGCUCCGUCCUGCCACACUCAGCACAGGGUCAUCUGUUGGGUUUUUCAUGCAUGCUGUCAUCAGGCGGUGGGACUUCCCCUUUUAGCCCCUGUCUUCUGGUAACCUGUAUCAGGAAUGGAGGGCAGGCUUCGCAAAAUGCUUUUCCUGCACUUUUGAAGAUGAUCAUAUGCUUUUUCAUCUUUUAGUCUGUUUGUUAAUAUGAUGAACUAAAUUCCUUCAUUUUCAAAUGUUAAGACAGCCUGGCAUAAGCCCCACUUGGUCACAUAACCCGUUUUAUGUAUUUUGGGAUUUGAUUGCCUAAACGUUUGUUAAGAAUUUGUGCAUUUCAAAAAAAAAAAAAAAAGAAUUUGUGCAUUUCAGGGACGCCUGGGUGGCUCAAUGGUGGAGCGUCUGCCUUUGGCUCAGGUCAUGAUCCAGGGGU